UGCGCGUUUGGGGAAGCUUAUAAGCUCCUUAGCUUAUAAGAUGAGGAGAAUACCCGUUUGGUAAAAGCAUAAAGAACUUACUUAUCUUAAAAGCCUAAGUCAUUUAUGAGGAAUAAGCAAAAGUGAGUGACUCCUUCCUUAUGAUUAUAAGUCACCGCGUUUUCGUUUCGGGAAUUAAGUGAACUUCAAAAAUGACAUUGGGUACCCUUGACUAUAGCUGAAAAUUACUAACUUACCAAUAUAAAAGCUCAGAUGAACAGAAAACUUACCUGCAGAGCGCCUCCAUUUCUCUUUUAUUUCGUGGUAGUCUCCUGGUGUGCCUCCAUUUUUCAGUUCUCCUUUCCAUCUUUGAGGUUUGCAGCUGCUCAAGAGAUGGGAUCAGCCGUAUGGAAUCCGGUAUUAGUAGACCUACUUUGUGACUUAGUUAUCAAGGAGGUGGAGGCUAAUAAUCAACCAAAUAGUCAUUUGAGCAAAGAAGUGAAGAUUGUUAUUGCAACCAUGACUCUUCAUAAUUAUAUAAGAAGACAUGCAAAUCGUGAUGCCCAUUUUGUUCGUUGGGCAGAAAUGGUGGUUGACAUACCAAAUGAUGAGGUAGAGAUGGAUCAUGAUGGAGGGGAAAAUGAGCAUGGUCAUGAUGCACGGGAAAUUGAAGCAAUAAGAAAUGAAAUCACUCAAAGUUUGAUGAGUGCGCGUAUAAUAUGAAAUUAUUUGAUGCAAAUGAAAUAUAUAUAUAUUGUUAUUUGGUUUUGUAAUUUAGUUGAAUGUGUUAAGAUAUUUUUAAUAUUAUUUGUGUCAAUGACAAAUGUGUUUUGUUAUUAAGUAUAAGAAAACAUAGAACAUUUAUUAAUUUUACUUGAAGUCAAUGAGAAAGUAAAAAUUAAAAUACUAAUGUAAAAGGGUAGUGAUAGAUAAAAAAAGAAGUUAAAAAUUCAUAUUGUAUUUGCAAAGAAUCAAGAAAGAAAAUAUACUCUUGGAAAAUAAAAAAAAUAUUUUAAAUUAUUUGGUGUCCAAAAUUGUCAUUAUACAAAUACAAAGCAUAAGCCAGUUUAAGUUUGCCAAAC